CAAUCGAUACUCCUGUUAACAACGCAAAGAAAAUGGUUCGUCGUUUAAUAAUAUUUCAAGUCGCUGUUUUGUUGUUGGCUUGGUCGACAUGUUCGACCGCCGCUGCCAUCGAUUUGGAGGAGAAACUGCAACAGCUAACCGACACGUUUACGCGAUUCAAAGGAGAAAUGGAGGAAAAACAAACGAGACUGCAAGCGGAAGUGUCUGAACUAAAGGCACAAAUUACUGGACUGGAAGCCAAACUUCAUCGGCAAGAAUCGAUGGUCACCACUCUGCAGAACCCAACGCCCUUCAUCCCGAAAAGCGUGAAUGAAAUUCAAUCAAAGUUAAUCAACGGAAUGCCAUCUUCGUGCGUCGACCUAAGGAUGAAUGGGCACAUCUGGAGCGGUCUCUAUUCCGUCAUGGGUGUCAACAUGGUCGAAACAGUCUAUUGCGAUUUCUCCAAAGCAAUUGAAGAUCCAGGACUACAGAAAUGGAUUGGCUAUACCGAUGUAAAAUCGGUGCCAGUCUACUUCUACGUUCAAAAGGGCAGCCAUUUCAACCUCACAAACACUCCGAUCCCAUUCGAACGCGUUAUGAACAACGUCGGAAACGCCAUGAAUAUAGACACUGGCAUCUUCACGGCACCCGUCACAGGGACUUACUUCUUCGCUGUAUCCGGAAUGGUCUCCUUUACCGAUGAUACCGCUACAACAAGACGAGAGAUCGGUCUAGCCUUGCAUUCGAACGGCAACGAAAUCGGUUUGGCUCUGGCUGACGUAGUCGGUAACAUGGGACAAUUCGAAACGUACGAUAUGGAAUCGACUCUCAAUCUCAAGUCGGGAGAUCAAGUGUGGCUGGCCAUCAAGUACAAAUCGACAGACUCUUACGUAUUUGACAAUUUCCAGCACCACAAUCACUUCACCGGUUGGCUUCUACAACAAGAUUUCGAAAACUCGGUGUAG